CCGGCGUCAACAUGGCCGACGGCAUCGCCGUGCACUCGGCCGCCACCGCCGUCGGCAGGCAGAUUGAUUUAACAGUGGAACUGUUCCAUCUAUUAACUGCCUUCCAAUAUGAACGAGGACAAGUUGCCUACAUCAUAUUUACGCAUGGUAACAGAUCACUGCUACUCUCCGUGUUCAACCAGACACUAAACUGCAUAUCUCAUGUGCAUUGGGAGUUGUGGAAAGAUAUUUCUGUGGACCAAGAUUUCUUCUAUGACUAUGUGUCAAACAUCAGAUACAACCAUGAACAGCUGCUGAAAGAAGCAUUGAUACCUCUAGAAUGGUACAGUGAAGGGACCAAGAUGAUGUUGAAUGGACUGUCACGAAUUAUUCGUGAAACAUCAACCAGUGGAGUCUGGAGGUUAUUGGUGGCAUAUCGUACAGUAUUAGCAGCAGUGGACAACUUAAGUUCAGCAGCAAUCUUUGGAUUGUAUUACUUCUGCAUGGGUGUCUUGGAUGUAGUUAAUUUCACAAAUUUUGUUCGAUAUGAUUCCCUUGGACAAGAAUAUCUCUUGGUGGCUCAGCAGUACUCAUUAGAACUCAGGGACGAGUGGCAUGACUUCCUCAGUAAUUUUCCAGCUUUCAACAAUGUAACAGUACUGCAAGAGAAAAUCUACCGAAACAUGAAACGUCCUCCUGACUUUUCUUUGGCAGAGCAGUACCACAUGAUGAUGAACUAUGUCUUAGCUGAACUCCGACAGUAUCAAGAGAGGCUUCGAAUAGUGAUAAGUGAGCGGGUAUCAGAGGAUCUGCAGGUGUCUGGCCGACAGCAGGGCCUAUCUAUUACCUUGCUUGUCCUGGUGCUUAUUAUAUCACCCAUCAUAGUUCUGCUUGUCCUCAACGCCACACGUACCAUACAGACAUUUGCUGAAACCCUGAUAAAGAGGACACAGGAACUACGUAGUGAGAAGCGCAAAAGUGAUCGGCUCCUAUUCCAGAUGUUACCACCCCCUGUUGUCAGACAACUGCGGCAACAGAAACAGGUUACAGCUGAAAAUUUUGAAUCUGUGACCAUAUUCUUCAGCGAUAUUGUUGGAUUUACACAGUUGUCUGCUGUGAGUUCUCCAAUGCAGGUUAUUACACUGCUAAACAGGCUGUAUCGCUUGUUUGAUUCACUCAUUCAGAAUUAUGAUGUAUACAAAGUAGAAACAAUUGGUGAUGCAUAUAUGGUUGUUUCUGGGCUCCCACAACGAAAUGGUAAACGUCAUGCGGGAGAGAUUGCUUCAAUGGCUCUUGAUGUUUUACAUGGUGUGGAGCUAUACAAAAUUCCACAUCGGCCAUCUGAGUCGCUGCAAAUCAGGAUAGGGAUAAAUACUGGGCCAUGUGUUGCAGGUGUUGUCGGUACAACAAUGCCUCGUUACUGUCUGUUUGGAGAUUCUAUAAAUACUGCCUCUCGAAUGGAAUCCACAAGUCUUGCAAUGAAGAUCCACAUAAGUCAGACAACAAAGGAAGCUUUAGAUGAGCUGGGAGGUUUCUAUACAGAGUACAGAGGAGUCAUGGAGGUAAAAGGAAAAGGACUUAUGGACACAUACUGGCUGACAGGGAAAGAAUGCAAACAGGGUUCUUACAUCAAUAUUGAAAUUUCAGACAUCCUAGAUGAUGAUGCAACUCCUGAAUUUUUACAAAUGAUUACACAGGAAUAGAGUGACAGUUACCUGUGCAUUCAUAUAAAG